ACAUGACGACGUUAACGGUUGACUGUAGCAUUCAAAAAGUUGUUUCUAUUUCCCCUUUUCUUUUCUUUUUUCCUCCUUUCUUGGUUUUUUGUUUCGUGUUUCUUAUUAUUAAGGUUGUGUUGCCUGCUAGUCUUUGAUUGGUAGAAGCCAGGGUUUCAGUUGUUAGAAUUAGGGUUUACUGGACUGAAUAAUUGCCGGAUUACUGGGACUUUAGUUGAAAUUUGGGCGAGGCUUCCUGUCUUUUCAUCAGAAGUUGUUGUUCCUUCGAUGCCAUUUUUGCAACAGAUUUGUUGAAGCAUGUUGCAAGAGGUUGUAUAAUAGGCUAAAGAAGUUGGAGUCAAUAGAAUAUGAGCUCUUCAUCAACUCAAUUUGCCACCUCAAGAAGGAUCGGCAUGCAUGAGCCACUCCACCAGAUUAGCAUGUGGAGAGAUACCUUCAAAGGUGAUAGUAAUCCAAUUACGGGUGCAUCCACAAUCAUGCAGGUGGAUACAAUGCUAGACAACAAGUCGGAAAGUACCUCUCAUGACUCACUAGGGCCUUCAGGAAACAGUCAACCAGAAGACAGAACCACUGAUAAGACACAAAGGCGAUUGGCACAAAAUCGUGAAGCUGCCCGUAAAAGUCGUUUAAGGAAAAAGGCUUAUGUUCAGCAAUUAGAAACAAGCAGAUUGAAGCUGACAGAACUGGAGCAGGAGCUUGAGAGAGCCAGACAGCAGGGUUUGUACAUUGGGGGUUCCUUAGAUACUACUCGAGUAGGUUUUUCUGGAACUAUAAAUUCAGGGAUUGCCACGUUUGAGAUGGAAUAUGGGCACUGGGUUGAGGAGCAACAUAGACAGAAUUGUGAGCUUAGGAAUGCUCUGCAAGCUCAUGUAACUGAUAUAGAGCUUCGUAUACUUGUGGAAAGUGCUUUAAAUCACUAUUAUGAACUUUUUCGCAUGAAGGCUGAUGCUGCAAAGGCAGAUGUCUUUUAUCUUAUGUCUGGCAUGUGGAGAACAUCAGCUGAACGAUUUUUUCUCUGGAUUGGAGGAUUCCGCCCAUCAGAGCUUCUAAAUGUUCUUAUGCCACAUUUUGAGCCUUUGACUGAUCAACAACUCCUGGAUGUCUGCAACCUACGACAAUCAUCACAACAAGCUGAAGAUGCUUUGUCUCAAGGAAUGGAUAAACUUCAGCAGACUCUGGCCCAGAGCAUAGUUACUGAUCCAGUGGGUGCUGGAAACUAUAGGUCUCAGAUGGCUGAAGCAGUGGAGAAGCUGGAUGCAUUAGAGAGCUUUGUAAACCAGGCAGAUCAUCUUCGUCAGCAAACCCUGCGACAAAUGUCUCAUCUACUAACAACCCGUCAAGCAGCCCGAGGCCUACUUGCUUUGGGGGAGUACUUUCAUCGUCUUCGAGCUCUUAGUUCUCUUUGGGCUGCUCGUCCCCGUGAGCCUGCCUAGUCUGUAAGGGAGAAUGAACAAAUCCAUAAUAUCUAGGUUGUAAUUGCCUCCACCAAUUGGCCUCAGCUGCAGAGAGAAUUAGUACUUAUAGCUCUACCAUAUGUAGUACAAUUUAAUCUGCUUAUAUUUUUUCAAAGCAGCUUGUGAAAUUUGAAAAGGUGUAAAUAUGAUGUCUUAAUGCUAUGUGCAUCAAGGGGACUUGGGUGAUCAAGUUGAUGUUCAAUGCAUGGUGUAUAGUGUAUUGGUCAGAAAAGAUACUUGAUCUGAAAUGCAGGCGCCUGGUCUCAUGUUUGGGUGGAGAGACAUUACUUUCUAUUGUAAAUUUAUUGGUUUAGCUUCUAUGCUUGUUAGGCUUUGCUUGGUGAAUAUAAAUACUUGUUUAAUAAAAAUUAUUCGAAUAUUGGAUUAUUUA